GGAGAUCAGUCGGACACACCAACAUGCGACUGAUUCACCCUCUCGCCAUUGGUCUUGGGGCCUCGGGGACCCAUGAUGUCGAUUACCCGGAAAAUGUCAUCAUCCCAGUGGAUCCCUCCCCCAACGGUUCCGCUCUCACGUCGACGGCCACAAUGGCUUUCGAGGAAUCAUGAGUGGAAAUUCUAUGAAGCUCCCAAUCCUUCUGAAGUCGCUGUCGGUUCUCGGUGCUCAGCUCCAGUUUAUUUCUUCGAGAGCCCCUAAGAUCUUACGCAUCCCUCUCUCGUUGUCUCUUUCCUUCCCCCACAUCCAUGGCUGCUUCCCCGCCGUCCAGUCGCGCAGAUGAAGUACAAAAUCUUCUGAGCGCCGUCGAAGAUCUUCUGAUUCCGUUCAUCCGAAGCGCCGACGAGGUCCCUCUCGGUCAAAAAUCGCUGCAAAACGGUACCAAUGGAGACCAUCAGUCACCAGGCACGUCGCUCGUCAAUCACAAGAAACCGGAAGAGCUGCAGAAGCUCCUCCAGCUAGCGCUUCCAGAGCAAGGCACCGGCCAGGACGGCCUGGUCGAGGUGUUGCGGAAGGUUCUGCAGUACUCGGUCAACACAUGGCACCAGGGCUUCCUUGACAAGCUUUAUGCAUCAACUAAUGCCCCCGGCGUGGCGUCCGAGCUUAUCCUGGCGGCCCUCAACACCAACGUCCACGUCUACCAGGUCUCCCCUGCCCUGACUAUUAUCGAGAAGCACACCGGGCAGCAACUUGCCUCUCUCUUUGGCCUCAAUGGCUCCCGAGCCGGGGGCAUCUCCGUCCAAGGUGGCUCUGCCUCCAACACCACCUCCAUCGUCAUCGCGCGCAACAAUCUCUACCCCAGCACCAAGAAAGACGGCAAUGGUAACUACCGCUUCGUCCUCUUCACAAGCGCCCACGGCCACUACAGCAUCGAGAAGGCCGCCCAGAUGCUUGGCCUCGGCAGCUCCUCCGUUUGGGCUGUCCCCGUCGACAAACAAGGCCGCAUGAUUGCUUCCGAGCUGGAGACCCUCGUCCAGAAGGCCCUCGCCGAGGACCGAACCCCCUUCUACGUCAACGCCACAGCCGGCACAACGGUUAUGGGCUCCUUCGACCCCUUCCACGAACUUGCCGCCAUCUGCAAGAAAUACAACCUCUGGUUCCAUGUCGACGGCUCCUGGGGCGGCUCAUUCAUAUUCUCCGCUCAGCAGCGAUCCAAGCUAUCCGGCGCCGAGAAGGCCGACAGCAUCGCCAUCAACCCGCACAAGAUGCUCGGCGUCCCUGUAACCUGUUCGUUCCUCCUCGCAGCUGACAUGCGUCGAUUCCACCUGGCCAACACCCUUCCCGCCGGCUACCUCUUCCACAACGCAGACACCGACCCCGACGCCCUCAACGGCGAGACCGAGCUGGAGGUCGACUCUCCAGAGGUCUGGGACCUCGCCGAUCUCACCCUCCAAUGCGGCCGCCGCGCCGACUCUCUCAAGCUCUUCCUAGGCUGGACCUACUACGGUACAGCCGGCUACGAGCACCAGAUCGACGCCGCCUGCUCCACCGCCGCCCACCUAGCCACCCUAGUCUCCCAGAACCCGAACUUCAUCCUCGUGAGCGAGAACCCACCCCCGUGCCUGCAAGUCUGCUUCUACUACGCGCCAAACCGCCAAUUUGUUCACCCGCGGGGCAUAGUCUCCAACGAAACCGAACGCGGAAAGGCCAACAGCAAGGUUACGGAGCAGGUGACACAUGCCAUCGUGCGCAAGGGGUUCAUGGUGGAUUUUGCCCCACCCAGUGGGGACGAGGAUGCGGUCGGGAAUGGAAAGUUCUUCCGCUGCGUGGUUAAUGUUCAGACGACGAGGGAGACCGUUGAGGCGCUGUUGCGUGCCAUUGAGGAGGUCGGGCCGGAGAUCGUCGACAGAUUGAAGGCCGAGAACGUUACCGAGGUUCCGACUCGGAGACCAGGCGAAAGGGGACACGGACCUGUUGUACAUCAUCGGUGAGGGGUGCCAUCGAAUCGAAAGGGUAAAACAAGGGAAGGAACAUAGAAUGUACUUGUACGAUAUGUAUAUUUUUGAUUAGAUUGAUUGGUUAGAUGGGUGGGUGUUCACAGGGAAAUAGAGGAAAGGAAAAUGGCUUGAUCAUCUAUAGAGGUAUGUAUAUAACGGAAGCCGCAAGACCAAAAGAAAUACGGAGUACUAGUAGUAUUAGUAUUCGAUUAGGACCAGAAUC